CUACCUUGUUUGUACAUCUAUUAUUAAAUCAGAAGUGUCAGUAUAUCUAAAUCUCUCAUGUCCAUGACUUUUGGUUUCCAUUCUUCCAUUUUGGGUACUUUCUGGCAAAUAAAUGACUACAGUAUAUUGCAAUCUGAUAAAGAAUCCUUACUACAGAUUUAGUCAAGACUGGGACCCUCUGAAUAAAGAGUAGGGGUCCAAGUUCCACAAUAGGUUUGUUUUUAUUUGUUAUUGUUAUUAUUAUUAACCUUCAUUUAUGAAGCGCUGUAAAUUUACACAGCGCUGUACAUGCCAUCUUUUUAGUGAGACAGUUCCUGCUAUAUUUUAUGAUUUAAUGCAUUAGUUAUUAUUCUAAAUUACUUUUCUGGAACGUAUGCCACAGGCAGGUUUAUUUUAUUUUAUUCUACUCUAUUUUUAACUGGUUGUAUGUACACCGCUGUGUAAAUGUACAGCGCUCUAUAAAUACAGCUUAAUAAUAAUAGGAGUGAAGAAAAUUAGAACUGAUUUGUAUAAACUGAGGAUUAUAUAAACAAAGAUGAUAUUCAACAUAGUCUGUUUAAGAAAAGGGGGAAAUAAUAUACUCUGAUGAACGAUUGAUAGAAAACAGAGGAAAGAAAGAGAUUAGGAGGUGCACCUGUCUUGCUGGUGGGUUCUCUUGCUUUGAUUGUGGGGCAGAUGCAAUUUGUUAUGUAUUGUGUGUGAUGGUUGUUGUUACCUGUAUUGUCAUUAUAGUUUCAAUUUAAGCUUUUUGUAUCUUUUACUCAUGAAAGCUCAUAGGUAAAAGAUACCAAAAUCUAAGACUGAAACUACAGUUGCAGUAUUAAUUAAUGCAAUUAAUUAAUGCAAAAGCCAGCUAUGGGGAAAGGAGGGGAAAAUGCAGGAUAUAAAGAAAUAUAAUAAGAAAAAUAAGAAUGAUAACAACUGUUCAUGUUAAAAAUGUGUUUCCCCCCCCAAUUAAAUGUGGCAUUUAAAAGAAAGGAUUAAUCAGGGUGUUGUUGUUUUUUUAAUUCUGUUGUUUGUUGCCUUGGGAUCUCAGAGGUGGAUUUUGUCUUUAAAAUUUAAAUGGUCUCUAAUAAUAAUAUGUUCCUUUGGAUCUUGGCCGGCAGGCGGACCAGAGCUGGCGCAAGGAGCGGAUCCUGGACGUGCCGCUGUGCAAAGAGGACUGUGAGCAAUGGUGGCUGGACUGCCAGCAGGACAUGACCUGCAAGGAGAACUGGCACGUGGGCUGGGACUGGUCAAGAGGGAUCAAUCACUGCCCCAUGCAGACCAUGUGCCAGUCCUGGAAGCAGGUCUUCCCCACCCCGAAAGACAUGUGCGAGAAGAUCUGGACCAAUUCCUACAAGUACACCACCUGGACGAGGGGCAGCGGGCGCUGCAUCCAGAUGUGGUUCAAUGCCAGCGAAGGCGGCAACCCCAACGUGGCUGUGGCCCAGUACUAUGCCAACGCAGGGGAGGCCUCAGCUGACCGCCUGCCUUGGACGCUGCUGGGUUUGCUCCCUCUGGCCCUCUUCCUCCUGCAAUGAGCCUGGGCAGGACUUCAUCCCAAAAUCAGGGGGGAAAGCCUCAGCCGCCUGUAUCCUUUCCUAGAGUCAUGCAGAUUCUCCUGGCUCUUUCCUCCAGAUGUUGUUGGACUACAACUCCCAUCAGCCCUAGCUAGCUCAAACAAUAGUGAGAAUGCUGGGAAUUGCAGUCCAAGAACAUCUAGGAGCCCCCACGAUUCUCACCCUUUUGCUGUGGAGACCUGUUAGGAAGGGGUUGUUGUUGGUCCUCGGAGGCGCGGGUUUCACACAAUUGGAUGACAGAAUAAAAUAAUAUCUGGGUCU